CUGCGUUCAUGACAACACGCCGCUCCGUCAGUUGGAGAGGAAUAAUAAGCUAGCUUCGGGAGGUCGUGGUCGUAGACAGGACAGGAGCCACAACAGCUACAAUGAAGUUCGUUAGGUUCAUUAUGAAAAACGCCGCUUUGGCCAGUGUGCCCAAACAUAUCGAACACUUCUCUAAAUUUUCUCCUUCGCCGCUCUCCAUGAAGCAAUUCCUGGAUUUCGGCUCCAUAAACGCCUGUGAGAAGACCUCCUUUGUGUUUUUGAGACAGGAGCUGCCUGUCAGACUUUCAAACAUCAUGAAGGAAAUAAACCUGCUGCCUAACCGACUUCUCACAACGUCGUCCGUGCAAAUGGUGCAGAGCUGGUACAUCCAGAGUUUAAUGGAGAUCCUUGAAUUCCUCGACAGGAAUCCAGAUGACCACAAAGUCCUGGGAGAGUUUGUUGACACCCUGGUUACGAUCAGAAAUAGGCACAACGACGUCGUUCCCACCAUGGCCCAGGGUAUCAUUGAAUACAAAGAGGCCUUCCAACAGGACCCGGUCACCAACCAGAACAUCCAGUACUUUCUGGACCGCUUCUACAUGAGCCGGAUCUCUAUCCGCAUGCUCAUCAACCAGCACACUCUCAUUUUUGACGGCACUACAAACCCUGUUCACCCAAACACCAUUGGAAGCAUUGACCCUCACUGUCACGUCGGGGAUGUAGUCCAAGAUGCCUUCCACAGUGCAAAGAUGCUGUGUGACCAGUACUACCUCCGCUCCCCUGACCUCGUACUAAAGGAGAUGAGCAGUGAUAAGAAGAGCCUCCCAUUAAGCAUCGUUUACAUCCCCUCUCACCUUUAUCACAUGCUGUUUGAGCUCUUCAAGAAUGCCAUGAGAGCAACGAUAGAGACCCACGACGACAGCAACAACCUUCCACCUGUUCACGUCCUGGUGUCUCUCGGGGGCGAGGACAUGUCAAUCAAGGUGAGCGACAAGGGAGGCGGUGUCCCCUUUCGGAGGAUUGAGAACCUUUUCAGCUACAUGUUCUCCACCGCUCCCGCUCCGCAGAUAGGAGAAUACUCACGGCCUCCUCUGGCUGGCUUCGGCUACGGGCUGCCCAUCUCUCGACUGUACGCCAAGUACUUCCAGGGAGACCUGCAGCUCUAUUCCAUGGAGGGCCACGGCACAGACGCUGUCAUCUACUUGAAGGCGUUGUCCACAGACUCCAUCGAGAGGCUGCCUGUGUACAACAAAACCGCUCUGAAGAACUACAAAGUGAGCCAAGAGGCUGACGACUGGUGCAUACCCAGCAAAGAGCCCCUGGACCUGAGAAACUUUAAGGUGUCCAAGUGAAAAUCAGAUCAGGCCUACGUACUGUAAUGUAAACGCCUUUGGAAUCUCUGUCUUCAAAACUCCCAACGUCUCCAUCAAGUUGAGGCAGGUGUGGACUACAAACAUUUGUUCUGCUUAGAGGGAACAUCUCCAGACAGAAGACAGUAUGUCCUUUAUUACUUCAGUCCGGUUUCAGCAGUAGCAUGCUUUUCUCAGUCCCUGUACCUCAUUAGAAAAUAGGAAACUUCCAUAACAGAAGAUAUUCAGCAAAAAAAAAAAAAAAAACAUUAGACGCCUCGAAUGUUGCAUCAGCAGGGAGUGUGUGUGUGUGGACAUGCAGACUGGAGUGAUGUGCAGGUAGAGAGCGAGAGGCAGCACCAGGCUUGUUUUGGGUGUGGUGUUGUUGCUGAAAAUAGCUUAACAGAUCAACAGUGGAAAGAUGUAGAGUGUGUUCAGACCAAGAGACAGACAGUUCUUUCUGAUGUGUAAUAACGUACAAAGUCAUUGUGAAUACUCAUGAAGAUUUGAAUAUGCUGCCGGCAUAAAUCACACUAAUUUGCUCCUAUGCAAAUUUGGGAAAGUUGAACUUUUUCCCCACCAGAUGGGAUUUUUUUGCUUCCUGUGCAGUAAAAUGUACUGUCCCGUAGACAUCCUCAAAUCGACCCUGAUAAUCAAGCAUUUCAAAAGUUGUUUGUUUGACUUCUUGCAGACAGACCUUGCAUCUUAAUUGAUUACAAGUCUGCAUCCUGGUGUAGUUAUUUCGGCAUGCACAGCAAAAUCUGCUUUGUUUGGGAUUCAAACCACUGCAGGAAACAAGAACGCAGUGAACGUUUGGCAUGCUAGUUACAGUGUAGCUGCCACUCACCAGCGACUCGUAAUUAUGCGCCCUGCAGCUGAAAGCGAUAGCUGAUGUCCAUUGAAAAAAAUUCCUGAUGCUGAGCCAACUCUGACCUUGCUAAAAACAGGUCAUCAAACUAUGCACGGGUCAGCUUCAUGUAGCUCAGAGCUGAAGUGGCGUUAAUCCAAACACAGCUCUGUUGGAAGGCGUUGAAAUACGUCCAGCUUUGUUGCCCGUCCGAGUGACUCGGUUUACUGACGGACACAAAAAUGUGUUUGUUUAACACAAGCUUGAGUUUGUUUUGCUUUUGUCGGUCUGAGCACAACAUAGGAAGGUCUGGAUAUUCAAGUUGUGGAAGUUAUUCAAAGUAAUCAGAGCAGCUGUACGGAGUGCCAUAUGGAGGUUUUAAGUUAAACAGGUGUUGCGGGGGAGGGAGCGGGGGGGCGGGGCCUGUUGUUGUUGAAUGAUAUAAAGAGGACCAGAUUUUAUUUUUCCUGUAGGAAGUGUCACCCAAGCCUUACCGUAGCGACUUCACCCAAAGGCUCAUUUCAUUGAAAUACUUGAACUAUUUGAAAAAUAAUACUCAUGCUCCUUGUUGAAAUGGAAGUACUGUAAUCUGUGAUACAGUAUGAAGGUAUGAAGAUGGGAAAACAAACUUACAGCUGCUUUAAGUUGAGUGUUUUUCGCUGCUUUCUGCAUGGACAUGUGUUUUGAUUUCUCAGCAAUUAGAAGAUGAAAUCGUUGUAUUGGCAGUGACUUAAAAGAUACAGUGUUAUCUUAGCAUCCGAUUUCUAGAUCAGGCUGAAUGUUACUCAUGUCAUGUAGAGACUUAACAAAAGAACAUAGUAUCGGACCACGGUUCUCUCUGUUGUCCACGCUUAUUUGGAGUUUGAAUGCUUUUAGCCCAGCUCAACGGGGUCUUGUGUUAUUGAACCCCAGAAGGCAGUGCAUGUUACGUUCAAGUUCUCUUAACAGUCUGUGAUCCAAUAAGGCAAAAGGCCAGUCUCAGCUUCUUUCUUUUUUUUUUUGUUUUUUUAUUACACUGUGCCAUAGGAAGAAAAAAAAGCCCUGGGUCCAUAUGUGUUAAAACACAGUUUUAUUUUGUAUUAAAUUUAUCGUAAUCAUACAGAGUGUGAAAGGUUAUUUUUUAUAGCUUUGUAGUGACUGAAAACGAUUGUACAUACUGUAAAUACAACCCAGAUAAUAAAAGAAAAUAACAAAUGAAA